UAAGUAGGCCAUGACAUGGAAACUGUAAUUGUAGUAAUCGAUUUUCCAUUUCCACUGAAAUUUGCCGCCACCGGUUGGAAAAUUUUUAGAUCCAGGCAAGCCAAAUAAAGUUUACUGACCCCGCGCAUAGGAGAAGAAGAAUAGGUGGUGCAGCAGCCACGAUAUCAAAGAAAGAGUGAGGGAAAGGUGAAAGCGAAGGAGGUCGCAUAUCGAUUAAACACGCGGAAAGAGGAGGUGGGUGGGUGCGCUGGCAACACGUUUGAUUACCGCGUGUAAAUAACAACAACACGAACACUGCAAAAGUUGCAAGGACUCGUACAUUGUACGUUGUGCAACAAUCACAUUUUACAGAAGCCCCAAUGGAAAACCCAAAAGUCGAUGAACAAAAGUCACCGGCUCCAAAAGCCCAGGCACCCGAGAAACCCAUUCGCAAGCGGACUCAAGUCAAAAUCCAAACCAGAACUCCUAAACCAACACCCACCGCCAUAAUCUGUGAAUUGACUCGUUUGAAAGCGCAGCAAAAAUAUCUCGAGUGCCAUCAGGUUAAGUUAAUCCCCAAUAAUUUUACACUCCAUGAUGACGAGGAUGCACUGGAUUCCGAUCCAAAACAUGGCGGAGAAAGAAUUGCUUUGGAAACCCCAGAAACUACUCGAAAUACACGUCCGCCUAGCUCUUCCACUGCAGAAUUAAUUAGUUUGAUCAACGAAAUCGAGCAGGAGAAACUAGAACUUAAUGAAAAGUUGCAGCAAUAUCGCACCGCCAAGCGUGGGGAACUCAAGGACAUGUGGCACUUUGUGGCCACCAUAAAGGAGGACGUCUUCCGUCCAGAGCGUCUCAGCCAGUAUACAGUAAAUGCUUUGAGGGAAAAAAUCGUUGGUGUAAAUACCCAACUGUAUCGUUUGACUGCCCAGAACUCAAAAGAACUUGAUGAUUUGAAGGAGGAGUACGAGAAAUUGGAGCGAGAGAACAAACUUUUAUGGAAAGGUAGCAUGUAGCUUAAAAGAUAAAAACUAUUUUACACCGUUUGCAGCAAUACUUGUGAAAUACAUGUUUGAAAAUUAGAAUCAGAAUCGCAUAAUUAUAUUAUUAUGAUUAAUUGUAGACGUCUUAAAUGUUUAUGGUUCUUAUGAGUAAAAAAUAAAAAAAUUACCAAUCAAC